AUAGAACUUGGUGUCCCCAUAGCCCAAAGACGAAGGAAUCAAGAAGGGUUGGGACCCCCGCCCCUGGCUACAGAAUUCACUUGAAAUGGUGCUAUCUAGUCAGCUAAUCCAUCCGAUUUGGCAGGCCGCGAGUCACUGAUCGUACGAAGCAUGAAGGGCCCCGCUCAAUAUGGCAACCCGAAUUCGGCCCGUAUUACUCGAAUCCGAGCCUUCAAAGUCAACAUCAGGGCCUUGCCGGGACGGGGUACCGGGGAGAAGGGAAUACCCCCUCCUUCAAUGUGCAAUAUCUCGAUUACAAAGCCGAAUUGGGCGACCCUGCGUGAUACUCGAGCUCGAGUACCUCGAAGUCCCUUCGGAGAGGGAGGGGUGGGACGCUCGAGGAUGGGGCCUGUCGAGCAUAUAUAACAAUUGUGACAGGGCGAGCCUCCAGGAAAAGUAUCUUGGGAGGGUAGUUGCGCCUCCACGAAGAUAUCAUGGAUUCCCAGCACGCUGUUUUUGGGCUGUACGCCAGUGGUUACUCUACGACUAGCAGCGUAGUGAACCGCUCCCCGCAAGAUAUGAGGCCCGAAACUAGGGUGGCCCCAGAGCCGCUUCGCCUCAAUGCGGACGCAAACCAGGCAUGCGAUUACCCCGCGGGCGUGAUCGAUAGUUGCUAUAAGAGCCGCUUCUUAGCGAGGGCUCUAGAUUACUACUGUCUCGAGAAAGACUACCUCGAUACCGGUGUCGUCUAUUGUCUCAUGGCGAACUGCCACGAAUUCUUCAAUGGGGACAAGCAGAUGCUUCGGCACCUCAAGAACUGCCCAUACCUCCGCCUGGGGGUGUUCCGGUGCCCACAAUGUGCAGACUUACACCAGUUUCGGACCGUCUCCAAGGAUAAGCGCUCGCGGAGCCAGGUGACCCUUUAUCAGCGGGUCCAAAGGAAGAGCCUCAAGAGCCUCUCGUUGUCCCCUCGUAGCCCCAGGUCGCCACCCCUUACGAGAUCCUCUAUCGAAUAUGGAGAAGUGCAGAGCCGCCGCCGCAGUGGCGCAGCGGAAGAACCCGCUAUCGUUUCACCCGUCCACGAGUUGUCUAUCGAUGGCUGCUCGUCGGCGACAGCGGCUUUCCUGCCUUACGAGAGCUCCCCCGGGGGGGUGGAAUUGGAUGCGGAGCGGCAACCCCUAUAUAGUGAGGGGCAAGCCUACUUCUCAAGUCCACCACCUCUACCCGAACUACCUUCGGGGCAGGCCUACCUCGUAGGUCAACACCUCUUACCCGAACUACCCUCGGGGGAGGCCUAUCCCCAAGGUUCACAUCACAUACCUGAACUGGCUUCGGGUACUUUCCGUGCCGAAGCUCCCUGCGAUGAUACUUCGCCAAGUGUCAUGGACUCCUCGACCAUUUCUUCGGGCAGCGAAUCCCGUCAGGGGCAGUACCCACCUACGAGCAGCUACCGACGCUCCCAGGACAUUUGCAGUCCCCACGAGUUCCCUCCCUACCUCAGAGAUGCUGACUCGGGGCAGGAUUUGUGGCAUAUCUACCAUAUGGACACCUUCAGCGAGCACUUCAUACAGCCGGUAUUUCAAGAAAGUCCACCGCCCCCCUACGAGAAAGCGCGCCCCCAGUUAACUAUCCAAACGAACUCCGUGGGGCACCUGAAUCCAGCGUACCCACCACCUAGUUACGACGACGACGCCUUGGUGAACACCGGGACGUCGUGGUCCAGCCCGUCGUCGCCCUCCCCGACGGAUCCGAUGCCGCCGCCGGGUGCCGACGCUCGGUACCCCGUGCCUCCCGUGGAUUACGCGUGCUCGGACGCGGACAAUCAGGCCCUCGAAGCCCUCGGCGAGUCCUCCCCCGAGUACCGCGGCGACUACAGAUGUCCCUGGCCGGGUUGCGAUUGGGCGCCGACAGGGAUAACUAAAAAUUUCGCGUCUUAUCUUCGGAAGCAUAAGCAGACGCACGACAACUCCCGAAGGUUCAGAUGUCAGCACUGCCACAAAGCCUACAAGAGGAAAGACAACCUAGGUAGCCACUUGCGUAAAACGCAUAAUAUUCAUCACGGUCAACGUAGGCGACGCCGGUCCGUCGGAUGAUCUGGAAUACAUAGACACCGAGAGCAGGAGGACGUCAAUAUGGCGGAGCAUACCAACGACGGAGACUUGGUUGUGUGGAGAGCUGCGGGGUUUCCUUUCCUACCUUCGUAUGCACCAGGGGCUUUUCGUAUCUAGGCAUCCCGUGCUAGAGAUAGCUAGUUACAGGAUUCGCGUUCCUAACAAGCUCAUUCACUUUUAAACGC